AUGUCUACUUCAGCAAAUACUUCUUUCAGAAGAAACACUUCAAUUUUUACAAUCGACUUACUGAAAAAAUGUACAGAAACGGAACAGUUAAUCACUUUUUUGAACAAACAAGACUUAGGUCUUAAGGAGCAUUAUUUUAAAAUUUUUCGUGAUCAAGAAAUAGAUG